UUCAGAUUAGGAUUUUUAACGAGUAAACUAACCAAGAAUUUCGAAAACUAAGAUUUUCUGUUCUGAAGUUGUCGAUUUUAGCUAAGAUGCGAUUUACGCGCGAGAAGUUUAUUCUACGCGUAGCAAUUUUCCUAGCCUUGUUACCGUCUCUAACAGUUUCCGAUGACGACAAAGGCUGCCCUCAAAACUUCAUCGAAGUAAACGAGUUCUGUGUGACUAAAUUUAACGACUUCACGAGACAGGGAUCCUUUGACGAGGCGUGGGGCUUUUGUAACUCUUUUAACCCUACUGGAUUUAAGGGGACGCUUUGGGCUAUAUCCGAAUUGGAUGAUUUGACUGAAAACGUAUUAUUGUCGUUGGUACAUCCGGAAAUAGAUGAUUCUGACUCUGAAAUCUUCAAUUUACCAAUUUGGAAUGGAUUUGACUCAGUUUUUGGUGAAACAUCUGAAGAUUUGUGUUCUGUCAUUAAGUCAAAGCAAGAUCAACUGAUCAUUUCUGAAACGAAUUGCAACGAUACUAACUCAUUCAUUUGCGCUAUUAAAAGACAUCCUGCAAAGUGCACUGAUUUCAUCAAUUCUCAAUUCUGCCAAUUGCACUCGAACUACUUCUGCGAAACAACAGGACAACUUGCCACUUUAUGCCCCCAUACAUGCGGGUUGUGUGAAUUGAUUCAUUCGUGCGACGGGAAAAUCGAUUUGAAGAGCGAUGAGUUUUGCCACGACCUUGCGGGUCAAGGAUUCUGUGGAAGCGAUAUCGACAACAUUGAGCCAUUCUGUUCUUUGACAUGUUGCAGACACACCCACGAGGCUACGCUGGCUAUAGGAGAUAAAAGUUUAUCGGAGGCACUGAACAACGAUUGCGAAGGAACCCGAGAUCUUGCUAAGUGCCCUUCGAUUCCGAAUACAGAGGACUGUUUCCGAGACUCGGAUUUCACUUUUGCGUGCAUGAGGACAUGUUGUUUGUACAGUCAGUCAAUUCGAGAAGUUGCUUUAGAAGUUAUGCCAAAAAAGAGGUUCUCCAGUUUUGAUGACAACAUCGCAGAAGCCAAUUGCCGAAAUAAGUACGAUGAUACCGAUAAGAGUGUUUGCUCUCAAGAUGAACUGGACUGCACAUCGGAGAAAAUUCAAAUUUACUGCGAGGAAACAUGCUGUAUUAAAGAGUACCGAGACGAAAACCCAGAUUCAAUUGGUGAAAUUACAGAAACAACGGAAGAAGCGCCGUCAUGUGACGAACUUACAAACAUCUAUUCAAAUAAGGUUUGUUCGACACCCAAAUCAGCUGAUGACUGUGCCGAAUACUUGCAGUUCAGUAAACAUUGCAAAAAGCGAUGUUGCGAAUUGGGUUUCUCGAAAUCCCGAGGCAUGACUGAGCAACCCGGGCACCCUUGUGUCGAGCAUACCGACAAGAAAAUGCGAUGUGCCCGCUACAGUGAGAAAGAAAAGGAAGAGGUGUGCAAAGACGAAGCUUGUCCGUACACUUGUUGCAUGUACGAGACAGGAACCAUGACUGUCUCUUCUGUUUCUAGCACUUCCAGUGUGACUAGUACCAAAGCAUCUUCAAACUGCAACGGCAAAGAAGACACGAUGACCAAGUGUUCGAAGGUGACCGAGAAAAUGUGUGAGCAAAACGUGUACAAGAAUGGCUGUCCUUAUAGUUGCUGUAAACUCACAGGUGGGGACGAUGGAGACAAAGGCAAAACGGAAUCGCCUGACUCUGACUGUAGAAACAAGGAAGAUACCAUGUCGAAAUGUUCCAAGGUCACUGCAAGUUUGUGCAAGAAAAAUGUCUACAAAAAGGGAUGCCCAUUGAGCUGCUGUACGGUUUCGGGAGGAAGCAGUGGUGAUGGCAAUAGUGGAACCAGCAGUGGUUCCAAAGCUACUUCUAAACCGAACACUGGUUGCUCUGAUGUGGAAGACCAAGCUUCAAAGUGUGCAAAACUUGCUACGGAGAAAAAAUGUUACGAAGAUCCUUAUAAGAGUGUCUGUAAAAAAACCUGUUGUGAGUUUGGAGUUGCUGCGUACACUGACGAGCCGCCAAGCAAGGUUAGCAAAAGCUCAGAAGCUCCUUGCAACACCUAUUCUGACAGCUUGAGUAAAUGUCAUAAGGUUAAGGACAAGCAGACUUGUAAGGAUGAGCCUUACUACUCCGGUUGUCGUGAAACUUGUUGCGAACUUGGAGCCGAUUACUCGAAACCAAAAGGAACAACGACAGCAAAAGUUCCGGGCGAUAUUUGCGUUGACAAAGAAGAUCAAGCGACCAAGUGUAUGCUUUUGAAGCAGAAGUCGAACCCCAAAAGUCUCUGCGAGAACGAUCAGUGGUACAUUAAGUACUGCCCUUUAACCUGUUGCGUGCUCUUGUAUGAACCAAGCACAACUUUAACGACUACCAAACCUAUGUGCGAUGAAGAAGACGAGUUUCACAAAUGUGAUCAAAUAAAGCUGACGAAAGGAUUGUGCAAAAGUAGGACUUUCAAGACCAAGUGCGCGUACUCGUGUUGUGUGGUCUCAGGCGGGGAGGUUCCGACUUCUAAGCAGAGCACCACUGGUGGAUCUACAUUGUCCACUUCAACCACAACCACGAUAAGCACCACUAGUAAACCAUAUGACGGUGGAUUUUUCGAGAAGUGCACAGUUGCGGACACUGAGAGCAAAGAGUUCUGUGCAGCUGUAAUUCAAACUCACGUUAAGGACACCGGAGACCUCUGUCAAGACAUCCACGUGCGACCUAAGUGCAUGUUCAGCUGCUGUGUCUACUAUUAUGCCACUGACGAGAAGUUUCCCCAGCUUCCAGAACCCCUGGAACCCGAGAAGUGCAAGAAUCUGGUUGAUGGACUCCCAUAUAAGGAGUGCCUGGAGAACUACCUGGAGGCACAAUGUGACAUCAACUGUCAGCUGACAUGUUGUCUGAUGGCGGAAGCGGAGGUGCCAGUGAACCCUGGAUGCUACAACAAAGAUGACAAAGCCAAGGAGGGAUACUGUUUGACGAAAUGCAGGUCGGGGAGUAGCUGCAGGAUGGCCGACUGUGUCGAGAAGUGCUCGUUCACAUGCUGCGUCAUUCACACCGAUCCGGAGAAACCCUCGACGACCACCAAGGCCGUUACAGGGUCAACUCAGUCAUCGCGAGGGUCUACCGAGAAACCGACGACUCCAUCUCCAGAAGAAAAUGACUGCAAGGACACCAAAGACGACUCUGGUUAUGCACGGUGUCUGGAUUUGAUCAAUUUCAAGUCCGAAAACUGCAGGCCGAAUGAUAAACUGUAUGAUACUGAAGGGUGCAACAAGCAUUGUUGUUUUUUGGAAAUUGAGUUACUCAGUGCAUCGACGGCUUCUGGUUCGACGGCUUCUGGGUCGACGGCUUCUGGGUCGACUGCUUCUGGGUCGACUGCUUCUGGCUCGACGGCUUCUGGCUCGACGGCUUCUGGUUCGACGGCUUCUGGUUCGACGGCUUCUGGUUCGACGGCUUCUGGUUCGACAGCUUCGGGAUCAACCGGCUCGACCGCUUCUGGAUCAACCGGCUCGACCGCUUCUGGAUCAACCGGCUCAACCGCUUCUGGAUCAACCGGCUCGACCGCUUCUGGAUCAACAGGAUCUAUAGCUUCUGGUUCGACAGCUGGAUCGUUAUCUUCUGGAUCGACAGGCUCGACAGCUUCUGGUUCGACGGCUACUGGAUCAACCGGAUCGACAGCUUCUGUAUCAACCGGCUCGACAGCUUCUGGAUCAACCGGCUCGACAGCUUCUGGAUCAACCGGCUCGACAGCUUCUGGAUCAACCGGCUCGACAGAUUCUGGAUCAACCGGCUCGACAGCUUCGGGUUCUACGGCUUCUGCUGGUUUUACAGGCUCUACAGCUUCUGGCUCUACAGGCUCUACAGCCUCUGGAUCGACAGCUUCUGGAUCGACAGCUUCUGGCUCUUCAGCUUCUGGCUCUUCAGCUUCUGGCUCUUCGGCUUCUGGCUCUUCAGCUUCUGGCUCUUCAGCUUCUGGCUCUUCAGCUUCUGGCUCUUCAGCUUCUGGUUCGACCGCUUCUGGAUCGACUUGAUUACAAGGAUCCGGCGCGAGCACCAGACCUUAGACUUAAUAAUA